UGAGCUGCAAGGCAAUGCAUUCUCUGGCCAUCUCCCUGAGUUUGCGUCCUGGAAAAUUCGAUUGCUACAAGUGCUCGAUGUGAGCGACAACCAGCUCAAUGGCUCCCUCCCUGACUCCAUCUCUUGCCUUGAAUCGCUGCAGCACCUGAGCCUUGGAGGCAACAACUUGACAGGCCCCUUGAAUGCGACCCUGGGUAGCCUUGUCAAUCUGAGGUCCCUGAACGUCUCGGGCUCGGGGCUGACCUGUCCUCCAGACGGCAGCAAGUGCCUGGUGAAGCAGAGGAACACCACCAGCUUCUGCCGCCUCUGCUUCUCCUUCUGCUCCUCCUGCACCCCCCUUGCUU